AUGCUGUUCUUCUUCCUGAUGUGGUUUUUGCUUCUCAAGCUGUUCUUCCUGAUGCUUUUUCUCCUGGUGCGUGUCCUUCUGAUACUGAUCUUCCUCCUGAUGCUGUUCUUCUUCCUGAUGCUGAUCUUCCUCCUGAUGUUGUUCUUACUUCUGAUGCUGUUCUUCCUAAUGUUUUCCCCCCUGGGACAGCCUGCCACAGAUACUCCAUCCAGAAGGGACAGCCUGCCACAGACACUACAUCCAGAAGGGACAGCCUGCCACAGACACUCCAUCCAGAAGAGACAGCCUGCCACAGACACUACAUCCAGAAGAGACAGCCUGCCACAGAUAGUACAUCCAGAAGGGACAGCCUGCCACAGAUACUCCAUCCAGAAGGGACAGCCUGCCACAGAUACUCCAUCCAGAAGGGACAGCCUGCCACAAACACUACAUCCAGAAGAGACAGCCUGCCACAGAUACUACAUCCAGAAGAGACAGCCUGCCACAGAUACUACAUCCAGAAGAGACAGCCUGCCACAGACACUCCAUCCAGAAGAGACAGCCUGCCACAAACACUACAUCCAGAAGAGACAGCCUGCCACAGACACUCCAUCCAGAAGAGACAGCCUGCCACAGAUACUACAUCCAGAAGGGACAGCCUGCCACAGACACUACAUCCAGAAGAGACAGCCUGCCACAGACACUCCAUCCAGAAGAGACAGCCUGCCACAGACACUCCAUCCAGAAGAGACAGCCUGCCACAGACACUCCAUUCAGAAGAGACAGCCUGCCACAGACACUCCAUCCAGAAGAGACAGCCUGCCACAGACACUCCAUCCAGAAGAGACAGCCUGCCACAGACACUCCAUCCAGAAGAGACAGCCUGCCACAGACACUCUAUCCAGAAGAGACAGCCUGCCACAAACACUACAUCCAGAAGAGACAGCCUGCCACAGACACUCAUCCAGAAGAGACAGCCUGCCACAGACACUCUAUCCAGAAGAGAAAGCCUGCCACAAACACUACAUCCAGAAGAGACAGCCUGCCACAGAUACUACAUCCAGAAGAGACAGCCUGCCACAGAUAGUACAUCCAGAAGGGACAGCCUGCCACAAACACUACAUCCAGAAGAGACAGCCUGCCACAGACACUCAUCCAGAAGAGACAGCCUGCCACAGACACUCUAUCCAGAAGAGACAGCCUGCCACAGACACUACAUCCAGAAGAGACAGCCUGCCACAGACACUACAUCCAGAAGAGACAGCCUGCCACAGACACUACAUCCAGAAGAGACAGCCUGCCACAGACACUACAUCCAGAAGAGACAGCCUGCCACAGAUAGUACAUCCAGAAGAGACAGCCUGCCACAGAUACUCCAUCCAGAAGAGACAGCCUGCCACAGACACUACAUCCAGAAGAGACAGCCUGCCACAGACACUACAUCCAGAAGAGACAGCCUGCCACAGACACUCCAUCCAAAAGAGACAGCCUGCCACAGACACUCCAUCCAAAAGAGAGAGCCUGCCACAGACACUCCAUCCAAAAGAGAGAGCCUGCCACAGACAUUCCAUCCAAAAGAGACACACUCCAUCCAGAAGAGACAGCCUGCCACAGACACUCCAUCCAAAAGAGAGUCUGCAACAGAUACUCCAUCCAGAAGAGACAGCCUGCCAUAGACACGCCAUCCAGAAGAGACAGCCUGUCACAGACACUCCAUCCAAAAGAGAGUCUGCAACAGAUACUCCAUCCAGAAGAGACAGCCUGCCACAGACACUCCAUCCAGAAGAGACAGCCUGCCACAGACACUCCAUCCAGAAGAGACAGCCUGCCAUAGACACUCCAUCCAGAAGAGACAGCCUGCCAUAAACACGCCAUCCAGAAGAGACAGCUUGCCAUAGACACACUAUCCAGAAGAGACAGCCUGCCACAGACACUCUAUCCAAAAGAAAGAGUCUGCCACAGACACUCCAUCCUGAAGAAACAUUCCAUCCAAAUGAAAGAGCCCACCAAAGACACUUCAUUCUAUACAUAGAUCAUAUCUGUCUCUGUGAGACAUCCAAGGAGUGCUGUUUUCAUCAUUGGAUGUGGAUCAGUCUAGCCAGGUCAAGCAAUUGAGAGAGGCUCUUCCGAGAGGUGCGACGAGGGCCCAGAAGUGUA